AUGAUUGCAAUGCGGAUAGACUGGAAAGGCAAUCGGUGCUUGGAUGAUUGAAGUCGCGACUUGUACGGAGUGGUGACUGCCCUUCCGCCGCUCCCCGUUUGGGCCCCGCGCUGGCGAGAUUGGCCUCGCUGGCUGGCUGGCUGAACUGCUCGCUCCCCUUCAACUGUUCAGUAAUUCUCCAGUAAGGGAAUCAGAAGUCCACAAUUCCGAUUCGCAUCCGGUUUGCAAGUUUGCCAAUUACCACUCCCUCCCUCUCUGUUCACCAUGGCCGAGGCAUCUUCCAUCCCGACUCCCCCGCACUGCACCGCCGAUUUCUGCUUGAUCCCGAUCGGCACCUCGUCCCCGUCCGUGUCCGCCCAAAUAGCCGAUGUCCAGCGCCUUAUUGAGAAAUCCGGCCUGAAAUACGUCAUGCAUUCGGCCGGGACUACCCUGGAGGGUCCUUGGGAUAGAGUUCAUCAAGUGAUUGGUCAGGCGCAUACGAUCUUACACCAGCAGGGGAUUAUUCGAAUUCAGUCCGAUAUUCGUGUUGGGUCAAGAACCGACAAGGAACAGUCCUUUGAGGACAAGGUGAACAAAGUGCGUGAGUUGUUGAAGAAUGACUGAGCGGGGAUGAGUCAAUGUCAUAUACUCUCAUUGCUUGAAGAUGAUCCAGCAGUUGUACUUGCACAUGCGAUCGCUUAUGGACAUGGUAAAAUGGUCAUAUCAAGUAGGUACACUAUCCAAGUUGGGGGAAUCAUCCGAACGCCGCGCCCUUAUACCCGAU